AUGGAGGUGGAAGAAUGUAUAUUGUCGGACCAGGUGCGUGCCAAUGGCCACACUACUACUGUGACUCUCUCUUCCGGUGGCCAAUUGCAAUGGGGCGAUCGGCGGCUGGACAUGGAGAAACAGGUGCUUGGUUUCUCUGUUGAGGGAUUGAAGAUCAAUAUCCGAUCUGCUGUGGAGGCUCCGGCCGGAAUCUGCUGCUGUAGUGGAAAAUCCAGCUUGACCAGAAAGACCUUCACCCUCGAGCUACUAUCGAAUGAUUCUGUUCGCAUAUGGAGUCAGAAAAUGCAGGAAUACCUAGAUUCUCUUGCUAGGCCAAAGAGGCUUUUCAUAUUUGUUAACCCUUUUGGAGGGAAGAAAUCAGCGUCGAAGAUUUUCGUGAAUGAUGUGAAGCCUUUACUCGAUGAUGCCAAUGUCGAGUACACUGUACAAGAAACUAAAUACCGACUUCACGCUAAGGAAGUUGUUCAAUCCCUGGAUUUUUCGAAGUAUGAUGGAAUUGUGUGCGUCAGUGGAGAUGGAAUUCUAGUUGAGGUGCUAAAUGGACUGCUCACCCGGGAGGAUUGGAGCAAUGCAAUACAAAUACCUCUUGGAGUAGUACCUGCAGGAACUGGAAAUGGAAUGGUGAAGUCACUUUUAGAUUCGUGUGGCGAGCCUUGUGCAGCUUCUAAUGCUACUGUUUCUAUUAUACGAGGGCAUAAGUGUGCAUUGGAUGUAGCUACUAUUUCGCAAGGGCCCACCAAAUUUUUCAGCCUGUUAAUGCUGGCAUGGGGCCUUGUGGCUGAUAUUGAUAUUGAGUCCGAGAAAUAUAGGUGGAUGGGAAGUGCUCGGUUAGAUUUCUAUGCCCUUCAGCGAAUAUUCGGGCUUCGAAAAUACAAUGGCAGUAUACUAUUCGUCCCAGCACCUGGAUUUGAAUCUUUUGGAGAACCUUUGGACUUAGAGAAGCAAAUAAUUGUUGACAGGGAAAGUGGCAUUAAAAUCGAUGAUGGGCCCGCUAAGCCUCAGGAAUGUGGUUAUCAGGGUCCCAAAUUCGAUAUAAAGAUGUUAAACUGGCGAAAGAUUGAUGGGCCUUUUGUUUCAAUAUGGCUUCAUAAUGUGCCUUGGGGUGGUGAAGAUACUAUGGCGGCACCCGAUGCUAAAUUUUCGGAUGGUUAUCUCGACUUGAUAAUGAUCAAGGAGUGUCCCAAGUUAUCCUUGCUUAAGAUGAUGACUGAGUUGAACAGUGGAGAACACGUCAAAUUCCCAUUUGUGUCUUACCUGAAGGUGAAGGCCUUUGUCUUGGAACCGGGCCCACGAAUAAUCGACACGGACAAGGAGGGAAUUAUAGAUGUCGAUGGUGAGGUUCUUGCCAGAGGAGUUGGGAUCCAAAAGAUCCGGUCAAAACCUGGUCGACCCGGGUCAUUGACAUGGUUUUAUCAAUGGAGGGUUGCGGGUGGUGGGCCGGGUUCGUCCGACGACAAUGCACGGGCCUCGAUGAUCUCGAAUCUUGGGCUGAGCAUCAAGCAGAUGAUGCGGAGGUUCCAAGGGCUCAGGGUGCAGAUGGAGACCGACCACAGGCAGAUGAUUGAGAGCAGGUAUUUUGCAAUCACACGAGAAAAGGCGACAGCAGAGGCCAUCGACAACCUGAUUGCGAACGAGGUACCAGAGAGCUCGAUCCACCACGCCAUGCAGGAUCAUGGCCGCGGACCGGUCUUGGAUGCCGUGGCCGAGAUCCAGGAGCGGCGCGGGGCCAUGAUGGAGGCUCGCCGCACCCUCAUGGCCCUCCACCAAAUCCUCCUCGGCAUAGCCACCCCGGUGGUGGCCGCCUCUGCCGAGGAGGGGCCCAGAGGGAUUGGGCCACCAAGCCCGGUCGAGCCCAUCCGCUCAUCGGGCUUGGGGCCCACGGAAGGCCCAUCUAAGGCGGGGCUGAACGACUACGAGAGGGAGACUCGAAAGCAGGCGUACAUAGCGAUAGUCGUGGCUGUCGUCAUUAUCAUCACCGUCAUCGUCUCGCUUCUCAAUGUCGAGAACCGGCUCGAAAACGGCGGGAGUAAUGGCUAA